AUGUAUCAAAAGGCCCUCGUUUUCUCCGUCCUGGCGGCGGCAGCCCGUGCCCAGCAGGCUGGCACUUUGACGGCUGAAACCCAUCCCUCCUUGACCUGGCAGAAGUGUACCGCUGCUGGAAGCUGCACUGACCAGAAGGGCUCCGUUGUCAUUGAUUCCAACUGGCGUUGGCUUCACUCUGUUGACGGAUCCACCAACUGCUAUACUGGCAACACGUGGGAUGAAACCCUCUGCCCCGAUGACAAGACCUGUGCCACCAACUGUGCUUUGGAUGGUGCCGACUAUGAAGGCACCUACGGUGCCACCACCGAUGGCAACGCUCUGACCUUGAGCUUCGUCACCGGUGCCAACGUUGGCUCCCGUCUGUUUCUGAUGGAGGACGAAAGCACUUAUCAGAUGUUCAAGCUGCUCAACAAGGAGUUCACCUUCGACGUGGAUACCUCCGGGCUGCCUUGCGGCCUGAACGGAGCCUUGUACUUCGUUUCCAUGGACUCCGACGGUGGUCUGGCCAAGUACGAUGGCAACAAGGCUGGUGCUAAAUACGGUACUGGCUACUGUGACUCUCAGUGCCCUCGCGACCUGAAGUUCAUCAACGGACAGGGCAACGUCGACGACUGGGUGCCCUCCGAGAAUGACAAGAACGCUGGUGUUGGCGGUCACGGAUCUUGCUGCGCUGAGAUGGACAUCUGGGAAGCCAACAGCAUUUCCACCGCUUUCACUCCCCACCCUUGCGACACUGCCAGCCAGACUAUGUGCGAAGGCGAUGCGUGCGGCGGAACCUACUCCUCCAGCCGUUACGCAGGCACCUGCGACCCCGAUGGAUGCGACUUCAACUCCUACCGCAUGGGCAACGAGAGCUUCUUCGGACCCGGCAAGAUCGUCGACACCAAGUCCAAGAUGACCGUGGUGACCCAGUUCAUCACCAGCGAUGGAACCGACUCCGGUACCCUCAGCGAGAUCAAGCGUAUCUACGUGCAAGAUGGCAAGGUCAUUGCCAACUCCGCCUCCGAUGUUAGCGGCGUCUCCGGAAACUCGAUCACCACGGACUUCUGCAAGGCUCAGAAGACUGCUUUCGGCGACGAGGAUGUCUUUACUCAGCGCGGUGGUUUGGCUGGUAUGGGCGAGGGCUUGGACCAGGGUAUGGUUCUGGUCAUGAGCUUGUGGGAUGACCACUAUGCCAACAUGCUCUGGUUGGACGGCGAGAAGUACCCCACCAACGCGACUGCUGGUGACCCUGGUGUUGCUCGUGGUACUUGCGCCACUGACUCUGGUGACCCUGAGACCAUUGAGUCUGCCUCUGGUUCCGCCAAGGUGACCUAUUCCAACAUCAAGGUCGGACCCAUUGGCUCCACCUACUCGUCUUAA